AUGGCAGCCGUGAAUCAUCAAGUAAAAGUUAAAUUAUGUCCCAUGUAUGCUGCUAAAAAAGUUAGGAAAUCCCUGCAGUCAGGGUGCGCACGACCUGUACACUCGAGCCGUAUUGUGAGUGGUGAGCACUGGCCUUGGCAGGUCAGCCUGCACUUGGGCGAGUCCCACGUCUGUGGAGGUUCCCUCAUCAGUGACAGGUGGAUACUGACAGCAGCACACUGCCUACACAGGCUCUGGAUUCCUUUCUUAUAUGCUGUGUGGCUGGGAUCAAUUGACAUAGGCCACUCAAAUACAGGCGUGAAGUAUCAUGUGUUCCGAAUUGUCAUCCAUCCCAAACACCACGGUACCCCUGCAGACACUGCCUUGUUGAGGCUGUUCUCUAGAGUCACCUACAGUUCUUCCAUCCUGCCUAUUUGCUUGUCCAGUGUCAAAAAGCAGUGGACAAUUCCAGACUCUUGCUGGGUGACUGGAUGGGGAAAAGCAGAAGAUGAAGAUUCUGACUACCCUACCAUCCUCCAAGAAGCAGAAAUACCCAUCAUUGAACACCAGCAUUGAGAAAUAAUCUACAACCCGGUGGGUUACCUACUACCACAGACAGAGCCUGUCAUCCAGGAAAGCAAGAUUUGUGCUGGUGAUCUUGAGAAAAGAAAGGAUACUUGCCAGGGUGAUUCUGGAGGGCCUCUGUCAUGUCAUAUUGAUGGUGUAUGGACCCAGAUAGGAUUGUCAAGCUGGGGAACAGGAUGUGGUCUUUCUUUUCCUGGAGUCUACACCAAUGUGACCUACUACCAAAAAUGGACUAUGUCCAUUAUCUCAAGAGCUGAGGUCUUGGAUGCCAACAACCUGGACUUAUCUGACUUCUUGCUCCACUGUCUGCUCUCUCGGGCACUCCUGGGACCCUCCUGCGCCUUUAGGCCUAACAUUUUAGGGAGAGUAGGCGGUGUAACUGAAGCUGCUGGCCAAGUACAGGGCUAGGGGAAUGCGUGGAGAAGCCCCAGGGGCAGAGAACUCACAGGAGAGUCGCUGGGAACUCUGGAUGACUUCCUUAAAAUAAUGAGAAAGGAUUUUGUUUUUGAGGUUCUUGAUUCUGCAAGUAGGUUUCACUGGCUGGAAUGUGAACAACUGAGAAAUAAGAAUGCCACUUCUGGGCAUGGCAUUCUUUGUCCCUGACUAUGCAUCUUGCAAGGCAGGAAGGAUGCCUUCCAUGAAGAAGUAUUUACAGACACAAAGAAA